GUAUAAAAAAAAUACAGAUUGAGCAUAAAGUCUUCUAAAAUUAUUUUCUAAAGUGAAUGAAUGAAAUCUUCAAAAAUGCCAGCUAAAAGAUUUUAUCUGACAGAAACUAUAUAGUUUACAUGUAAUUUGUGCAUUGUUAGACUGACAGGAAAGUGUACAGUAUAUGCAAGUGAGUGCACUUGUGACGUGUCUACAAGCACAGUUUGUGUGAGUGUUUUAUCCUGGCAGAUAUCUCAAAGCCUUCCCUGAUUGCACUUACCCUUUGAACCUGAUAUGCAGGAGGACAGGGUUCCAAUUCCACAUCUGCUCACAGACAGUGCUUACCCUCUAUAAGCCCUUUACCCCUGCUGUUCGGCCUCAGACACUCAGAGCAGCACCACUCAGGGAUUAACCAUGAAAUUUGUGGCUCUUGCACUGACUCUCCUCCUGGCUGUGGAUUCCCAGGCCCACUUCCUGCAGGCUGAUGCUCCCUCUCAGCUGGAGCACUACAAGGCAGCAGCCUUGGUGUACCUGACCCAGGUCAAGGAGCAGGCUCAGAAGACUCUCGACCACUUGGACGGAACUGACUAUGAGCACUACAAGUUGAAACUCUCAGAGAGUCUGAACAAGCUGCAGGACUAUGCCCAAACCUCCUCCCAGGCUUUGACCCCCUAUGCAGAGACCUUCUCCAACCAGUUCUUGGAGACCACCAAGCAGCUGCGUGAGCGCAUCAUGACCGAUGUUGAAGACCUCAGUUCCAAGCUGGAGCCCCACCGUGCUGAGCUGCACGAGGUUCUGCAGAAGCACAUGGAGGAGUACCGUGAGAAGCUCGAGCCCCUCUAUCAAGAGUACGUGACCAUGAACCGUGAAAACGCAGAGCAACUGCGUGCCAAGCUGCAGCCAAUAGUUGAUGAGAUGAGGCAGAAGAUCGAGACCAACGUUGAAGAGACCAAGUCUAAGCUGAUGCCCAUGGUUGAGGCUGUGCGCACCAAGCUGACCGAGCGUCUGGCGGAUCUGAGGACCAUGUUCGCCCCCUAUGCUGAGGAAUACAAGGAGCAGCUGGUGAAGGCUGUUGAGGAGGCCAAGGAGAAGAUUGCCCCACACACCCAGGACCUGUACACCCGCUUUGAGCCCUACAUGGAGGAUCUGAAGGUCAAGUGUGCACAGUGGUAUGAAACCAUCUCCAAGGCCAUCCAGGCAUAAAAACUGCACAGCAAAGACUAUACACACACAAAUACUCACAGGCAAAGGACAACAGCAAAGCACAGACAUUCUUAAUGGAUUCUAAGAGUGUUUGGCGGGGGAAUGAGUGAUGGUGCAAGGCUUGUUUGUUGAAUGUUCAUUAUGUUUAAUAAAUAAAAUCUGAUGCCACAUAAUGCAAAAUAAAAUCCACAUAAAAGACCAAAUGAUUUGAGUCAGUGUUAUUCUAUUCAGGCACUCUGAAACUGGUAAUGGUGUAUGAUAUAGACCAUUUUCAUUUUGAACACUUAUGUUAAUUUAUUUUCAGUACGUCUUUAUAAAAAAAUAAAAAAAAAUAAAAAAAAAGAGGUACUGCUGUGAGUACAACUAGCACAAAAAAACAAAAAUAAUUUUUCCUUUAAAAUAUAUAAACAACAUUGUUGUUGUUGUUUUUGUAAAAAUAAAUAAAUAAAAAAAUUAAAAAAAAAUACCUUUAAAAAAGAUCCUCUGUUGAUCCUUUUAAAAAAAUAUAGUAAUAAAACAAAAUAAUUUUCAAACUCAGUUUCAAACAAAUGUUGUUACAUGGCCUUCAGAAAAAGGUCAAUCUGUAAUACUUCAGGGUAUUCAAAAAUCUCUGGAAUAAUAUUAAAUACUAGAGAAAAGUACAUUCUUAUUGAAAGGAUUUCCAUGGAUAUGUAAAGUAACAUCAAUUAGUAGAAUUGCACAUUGUCUUCACAGAAAUAGUUAACUGGCCAGAAACAAUUUAUUCUUGUCAAAAAACAGAUUGAAAUUACAGAAUUACAAAAUCUUAGCUCACCCAAAGUUUACUCAAAAAUUUAAAUUACUUAAAUUAUUUAUUCACCCUCAUGUCAUUCCAAAGUCAUACGGCUUUCUUUCUUCUGUGAAACAAAAUUAUAUAUUUCAAAGAAUGUCAACAUUGCUGAUUUCUAUACAAUAGCAGCUGAUAGUAACUCACUUUAAAGCAACAAAAAAAGAAGCACCCCCAAAGUGUCAUAAAAGUAGUCAAUGCAGCUUGUGUGUCAUAUUCUAAUUCUUUUAAAGGCAUACAAUCACUUUGUAAGAUGAAUGGACUGAAAUGUAUGUUGUUAUUCACCCCUAAAUCAAAUCAUUGAUGAACUCAAGUAUACAAAUUAGAAAUCAAAGAUCAAAUAUGGCCUUUGUAUACACAAGUUGAUCGAUGAUUUGAUUUAUGGGUGAAUUACGUAUUUCACUCCCAUUUAUAAUAAGUGAUUGUAUGCCUUCAGAAGACGUCAAAUAUGACGCAUGCAUGCAACUAUAAUUGAAUGGAAAUCAGCAAUCGUGGCAUUCAAACAUUUGAAAAAUAUCCUUGUGUGUUCUGCAGAAAAAAAAAGUCAUAUGGGUUUGGAACUACAUAAGGGUAAAGACAGAGUUCUCAUUUUUGGGUGAACAAUUCCUUUAAUUUGAUCAAUCCUACUUCACUGUCUGCAGGUAUUGGCUCAAGUAUCAGUCUGAUUGUUUUCUGGCUAAGUCAGUCCUCAUUUGGAUGGGCAGAAAGGACAGGAGUUAUUCUUGCUGGUAUUCAGC